AUGAAGUUCCUCAGCCUCGUCAUCCUGGCCGCCGCCACGGCCGUUUGUGCCGCCCCCGCGAAGCCGGAGCCGCAGAUCACCUGCGACGCCAUCUGCUCAGACGACUACCAGCCCGUCAACUGCACCGACGGCGUCGUCCACAGCAAUUGGUGCGAAUACGAGACAUGCAGAGAGCCAAGGUAUGAUACCUAG